AUGACCGAAACUUUUGGGAGGAGGAGACAUGCCACUUUGGUCAAGAAAGCCCAAGAAUUAUCUAUUCUUUGUGCCGCAGAGGUCGCAGUCAUCGCGUUCACUAGCGAUGGAAAGCUUCAUGAGUAUUCUAGCACCAGUAGUGUGGAACACACUCUUUCAAGAUACAAGAACAAUAAGGGCGGCCAAGUCCUCCCAACCAAGGUGGAAUCUGAUCCGCCAAAGGAGUGCCGCCGCGAAACUGCUGCGGAAGAAAAGGACCCAAAAUCAAGUGACAAAGUUCUUCAUGCACUCAAGGGACAACAUGCAGCGCUGAAAUUAGACAAGCAGCGGAGGAUGGGAAAGGCGUUGGAUGGCUUAAGUAGGGAAGAGCUGUAUGCCCUAGAGCAACAACAAAAGUGGGCGUUAGUAUCUGUCAUGAAAAAGAAGGAAGAACUACUUGUGCGGUUGUUGCACAGGUCUAAGGCGCGUGAACAGCAAGCCAUUCAGGAGAAGGAGAAUUUGAGAAGGGGUUAUGAAGUGAGGACGACGGAAAAGCCAUAUCUCCAACUGUUCCCUGAGAACAGUACGAGUUUCUGCACAAGCUCGAAAGCUGUUUCACUUUCGAAUUGUCCAACAGAGAAUAUGGACAUUUCUUUGCACCUUGGGCUGUCAUAUAACUCAUAA